AUGAGCUGCAGCAGUGUUGCAGGUUCGGAAUUCUCUGAUGAAGAGCUGGAGCUCGAAGUGCUGGGCCAAGGUGAAGACGAGAGAAGUCCCAAGGCAUCAUUCCAAGACAGCGAGUGUUCAUCUAGAAGUCCCGGUGACCCAGAGGAAGGCCAAGCCAAGAAGCGCAACAGACCUGUCCGUUCAAAAGCUCGAAGAAUGGCUGCUAAUGUCCGUGAAAGAAAACGAAUUAUGGACUAUAACCAGGCCUUCAAUGCCCUCCGUGUUGCUCUAAAUCAUGACCUCAGUGGCAAACGGCUGUCCAAGAUUGCCACGCUACAGAGAGCCAUCAACCGCAUCUCUGCUCUCUCAGUAUUCCUGAGCUCUAAUCCACCCAGCAAGCCCUGCACCCACAGGGAGUGCAACAGGUCAUCUGUGGGUCCAGCAGCGUUGGGUGCAUCCCGACUUGAGCAGACCAGGGUAACGGUUCCUCGUCUGGAUCAUCAGAGCUAUGUUCCCUGGCAUGCAUCCAUCUCCCACCAGAUGCAGCCACAACAAGGGCCUCACAUGCACAGGCUGUCCACGGAGCCGCAUCUCUACGUGGAUAACAAUGUGUCAUCAUGUCCCCCAUCACCACACUACCCUUGUUAUCCCACUGAGGGACAGCUUUAUGCUUCACAUGGACACUGCGGGAGCCCCCACGAUCAUCCACCCAGUCCUCUGCGAUACCCUCAGGUGGGUGAGGGGUUAGGGUACCAGCCAGGCAUGUGGGCCUCCUGUACUCAGGGAUACAUGGACACUUUUGUGGAGUCAUCCGCUACUCUGGGGCUUCCUUGGCAGGUGAGCUACCUGCAGGAGCCGGAGCACAGCCUCCCUCUGUGCUCUGAAAUACUGUAA